AUGCCCUCACGUACACAACGAACACAAAAAAAAUCUCAAGAAACAUCCUCAAAAUCUAAACAAACUUCGUCAAAAUCUCGACAACACCCUUCGUCAAAAUCUCAACAACUUCCAUCGCCGAAAACUACCGAGGAAAAUCAUGUUUUUGCCAUUGUACGGGAUGAAGAUAGUGAUAUGCUUUGUGUUCUACCACGCAAUGAAUUAGUUCCGAUCAAAAAAUCGUUACGGAUUGCUAUUGGUGAUACUGUUUUAUACGGUCCGCGAGCAGACAGCGUUCGAGGUGUUGUUAUUUUAAUUGGUAGCGAAGAAGAAUGUAAUCAAUCAUUCGAUAUUAUUCAACGGACAAAGAAUUCUUCUACAUACAAUACCAAUGUGAAAUCUAAUGUCCAAUCUAUGAAUCAUCCCUCAUCAGAUAAACAGAUCGAUUGUAAUGAAAUGGGAGAUGACAUUGCUGACGAUAUCGAUGAGUUUGAUUCAGAAGAUCCCGGAGUAAAAAACAAAGAAGAUGCAUGUCUAUCUGAAGAGGAAAAUGAUAAGGAGAAUAGUUUCACGAACACUAAUGUUUCUCCUUUUCCAAUUCUCACAACAGCCGGUCGCGAUGUUGCUUCAAAUUUGAAUAUAGAGUCAUCUAUCACUUUCAAAAGGAAAACUCCUCCAGUCAACGAAUCGUCUUCUGUCUCUCCAAAAAGUAAACGACAAAAAUCUUUAGGUUUUGUUUCUAUGAGAGAACAUGUCAAUUUGGUCGCGCAAUUAGCACAAGUGAACGAAGAGAAUAUGUUGCUUCAUUCGACAUGGAUGCCGCGUCCCGUCGACAAACAAACUAUUGACUAUUUCAUUUAUGUCGGUAAAACAUUAUCUAACUAUGUGAACGAAGUUUCCGAUGAUGGUGAUGGGAGUCUGGAUAGAGGAGAUAUUUUGGAUUACAUCUGCACGACAUUAGGUAUGACAGAAGCCGAACUAAGAGCAUGUGCUGGUAAAACCCUGCUUUCAACAGCGCGUCAAGUCAUUGGAAAGAAGUAUCCGGGUUUAUCGACAACUUUUGCCGAUGUAGCGAAGGAACAUGUGCAGGCUGUGGCAGAUUAUGCCUGUUUAAUGCAUCCAUUGGAGAAGAAAGCAAAUGAUAUGCCGAAAAUUAAGAAGGGCAUGGGCAAUGUUUUUGCUACGCGGAAACAUUCUCAAAAGAUGAAGAUUGGUUUGGUAUCAAUGGACAAUAGUGUAGCUAAUUCAGAUUCGGAUGCAUCAACAUGA